AUGUCUUAUACUGAAUUGGAACAUGGUUAUCAGGGUCUACGGAGUGCAAGUCGACCAAUUUUCUAUGUAGGGGAUUUAAAUAGUGUACAACCAACCCUUGUGGGUCCUGUAGCUUCUUCUAUAUAUCACUCAUCAAAAAGAGCCGAACUGUCGGACGGGUGUAGCAAUGAUGAUGGAUGCAUGGGUGGAAGUGACUUGGAAGGAGAAGGGAAGCAAGUUUUGGUUGGAGUCUGUGCGAUGGCAAAAAAAUCUCAAAGCAAACCUAUGAAGGAAAUUUUGACAAGAUUAGAAGAAUUUGAAUAUAUUAAGAUAGUAGUAUUUCCUGAAGAAGUUAUUUUGAAGGAAUCUGUAGAAGAUUGGCCAAUUGUUGAUUGUUUAAUAAGUUUUCAUAGUAAGGGUUUUCCCCUUGACAAAGCUAUAAAUUAUGCUAAUCUUAGAAAUCCGUUUAUCAUCAAUAAUUUACCAAUGCAGUAUGAUAUUCAGGAUCGUAGAAGAGUUUAUGCUAUUUUAGAAAGUGAAGGUAUUGAAAUUCCAAGAUAUGCAGUCUUGGAUAGAGACUCAUCUGAUCCGAAACAUCACGAGUUGGUGGAGUCAGAAGAUCAUGUAGAAGUUAAUGGUGUUACAUUCAACAAACCAUUUGUGGAGAAGCCAGUAUCUGCAGAAGAUCAUAACAUUUAUAUUUACUACCCUACAUCUGCAGGUGGAGGCAGUCAGAGAUUAUUUAGGAAAAUUGGAAGUCGUAGCAGUGUAUAUUCACCAGAAUCCCGAGUUCGUAAGACGGGGUCUUACAUUUAUGAAGAUUUUAUGCCAACCGACGGUACAGAUGUUAAAGUUUAUACAGUGGGUCCGGAUUAUGCUCACGCAGAAGCGAGGAAAAGUCCUGCAUUGGACGGUAAAGUUGAGAGAGAUUCAGAAGGAAAAGAAAUUCGUUAUCCGGUUAUAUUAAGCAAUGCUGAAAAGCUAAUUAGUAGAAAAGUAUGCCUGGCUUUCAAACAAACGGUUUGCGGUUUCGAUUUACUUCGGGCAAAUGGUCAAUCGUUCGUUUGCGACGUAAAUGGAUUUAGUUUUGUCAAAAACUCUAAUAAAUACUACGAUGAUUGUGCAAAAAUUUUAGGAAAUAUGAUCUUAAGGGAAUUGGCACCUACUUUGCACAUACCAUGGAGCGUUCCCUUUCAAUUGGACGAUCCGCCAAUUGUACCUACUACAUUUGGAAAAAUGAUGGAAUUACGUUGUGUAGUCGCUGUUAUAAGACACGGUGAUAGAACGCCGAAGCAGAAAAUGAAAGUAGAAGUUCGUCACCCAAAAUUUUUUGAAAUAUUUGCAAAAUACGAUGGCUACAAGCAUGGUCACAUCAAAUUGAAGAGGCCUAAACAAUUGCAAGAGAUAUUGGAUACUGCGCGUAGUUUAUUAGCUGAGAUACAGCAUCGGGCAGCUGGACCAGAAUUGGAAGAGAAACAAGGGAAACUAGAGCAAUUAAAAAGUGUCUUGGAAAUGUAUGGUCACUUCUCGGGGAUAAAUCGUAAGGUACAGAUGAAAUAUCAACCAAGGGGACGGCCAAGAGGAAGUUCAUCGGACGAUGAUCGACUUGGAGAACCGUCGCUUGUUCUGAUACUGAAAUGGGGAGGAGAAUUAACGCCAGCCGGUCGUAUUCAGGCAGAGGAGUUGGGAAGAAUAUUUCGCUGCAUGUACCCCGGUGGUCAAGGUAGACACCUUAGUGAGGAAGACUCAGAGAUGUUACCAAACCACGGUGAUUAUGCGGGCGCACAAGGUCUAGGACUACUUAGACUUCACUCAACGUUCCGUCAUGACCUGAAGAUAUAUGCCAGUGACGAAGGAAGAGUUCAAAUGACUGCUGCAGCGUUUGCAAAAGGUUUACUUGCGUUAGAGGGUGAAUUAACGCCUAUAUUGGUGCAGAUGGUUAAGAGUGCUAACACUAAUGGCCUAUUAGACAAUGAUUGUGACAGUAGCAAAUACCAGAACAUGGUAAAAACACGACUCCAUGAAUUACUGCAGCAGGACACGGAAUUUACGCGGGAAGAUAGGGAACAGAUAAAUCCUGGCAACGCAUUGAGUAUCAAUGCAGCGAUGGAUUUCGUUAAAAAUCCUGUUCGCUGUUGUCAGCAUGUUCACUCAUUGAUACAGAAGCUAAUGGAUAUUGUGCGCAUUAAGAAGGAUGAUCCUAAAACGAAAGAUGCGAUUCUUUAUCAUGGUGAAACGUGGGAAUUAAUGGGUCGUCGAUGGGGGAAAAUUGAGAAAGAUUUCUGUACCAAAAACAAAAGAUUUGAUAUAUCGAAAAUCCCUGAUAUUUACGAUUGCAUAAAAUACGAUCUGCAACAUAACAACCAUACAUUGCAAUUCGAGCAUGCAGAAGAAUUGUAUAUUUACUCUAAGUACCUGGCAGACAUUGUGAUACCGCAGGAAUAUGGAUUAACAGUACAGGAGAAGCUUACAAUAGGACAAGGCAUUUGCACUCCCCUUUUGAAAAAAAUAAGGGCUGAUUUGCAAAGAAAUAUCGAAGAAUCAGGAGAAGAAACUGUUAAUAGGCUCAAUCCAAGGUAUUCCCAUGGUGUUUCGAGUCCCGGUCGACAUGUUCGCACCAGACUUUAUUUUACAAGCGAAAGCCACGUGCAUUCUCUGCUAACUGUUCUACGUUAUGGUGGUUUACUUGAUGUAAUAAAAGAUGAACAAUGGCGCCGGGCUAUGGAGUAUGUUAGCAUGGUUUCUGAAUUGAAUUACAUGUCACAAAUCGUUGUAAUGCUGUACGAAGAUCCAACUAAAGAUCCCAGCAGCGAAGAACGUUUUCACGUUGAAUUGCAUUUUAGUCCUGGUGUGAAUUGUUGCGUGCAGAAGAACUUGCCACCAGGACCAGGUUUCAGGCCUCAUUCCCGCAAUGAAAUUAGCCAUAAUGUGGGUGAAAGCGGUGGUUCUGCUCAAGACACCAUUUCGCAGUGUAGCACUCGAAUCGAGGAAGAAGAUGUAGAAUUGGGAAUUUUGGAGGAUGACUUUAUGAAUCUGCCAUUACAAUCCGAUACACCUCCACCAGUGAUGGAAACUGAUGUUGCUGAUUCAACAAUGGACAGUCCAACGACUAGCAGAGCAGUUGAUAUGAUGGACCUGGAUCCUAACAUGAUGGAUGAACCAUUUGACAGUGGCUUUUUACAGAGUUCGGCGCCAAUUCCAAUAAGUGCUAGAACUGUAGCUGGUCACGAAGCAGCUAGGCUUGGCAGCCAGUUAGCUGCUAGUCAACGUCAACGAUGCUAUGUAGAAAGAGGAACAAUUGUCGAACCACGUGCUCGCAGUUAUGAUCACCAGAGACAGGACAAGCCUGAGAAAGCUGCGGACAAGCUGCAGUAUCAGAGCUUGGACGCGGUCAACAAAGAAGAGCAUGUAACAGAACUCCAUUUAGAAAGAUCUGGCCAGGGUUUGCUGCACGUGUCAACGGAAAAAAUACCGGGUCUACCGCAUUCGUUCAGUUCACCGGAGCUACCACUUCCCUUGAUCAAAACCUCCACUUCGAGCUCGACACCUUUGGUGACUUUACACAAGUCUCCUCUAGUCUCACCGAACAGCAGGACCACCUCAGACGUGACGAGUAUCGUGAUACCAGUCCCCACGAUUCAUUCUUCGUUUUUCAAUAACGAUCCCGUACAGCCCAACUAUUCUGACCCACGUUCUCAGAGUAAGAAAUACGGACGUUCUCAUUCAGAGAUGAUUCUCCCUGGGAUCGAGUGUAGCGGUGAGUUGAUCGAUUCCUCGAAACCGCCGCGAAGCAAUCCGUGGUCAAAGCCAAAGCGUUCCCCUUUCUUCUCGUUAUCCUUGCGUGAAAGAACCCCAGAGACAGCGACAUCCACGGGGCAAGUCAAACUAGAAAAACGAUCUCGUUCAUUGUCACCUUAUCUACCCAAGUGUCUUUGUUAUAAUUGUAACGUAUCGGAGCUGAUCUUGAGGAGCAGGGAUCUACCGCCAGUCGAGCGUUCCAACUUUGACAUUUACUUCGCUCGUUCUCUUUCGCAUAAGUUCUUUAAUUGUUCAUGUUACUCGAGCCUGCAGGAAAAUGGUUCCAGUCAUUCCUCUCGUAGCAUCUCCUCGAAUAAUAGUUACGGGAAUUUCAAAGGAAUCCCUGAACUAAAUCAUCCUGGUUUAUCCUUUGCGUGUCCGAAGCCAUCCACGUUCCUAGAGAGACAAAGUGGUUUUGGUUCUUGUUCAGAGUCAAGGUUCGAUCGUUGUUCAAGAAGCCGGGACUGCAGUGAAUUCGUGCCGCCUAAGGAGAAAGAGAAGUGGAGGUUUAAUAUGAAUACGUUGAAAUGUACGUUCAGUGGUGAUAAUGUAGUUGUGAAAGUACCUGUAUCAAGCAGAAAGAUGUCUUGUCCAAAUCUGAAGUCCGAUGUGUUCUCUCGUGUCGAUUCAGUUUGUUCUAUUGAGAAUGACCAAGCAGUCGGUGUUUGUUCAAGAAUAUGCAGGCGUUGGUCUUGUCCCAAUGUGAAUCUCCAAUGGCACGGUAGCCUGGUAGAGAUAUCAGAUCAUAGUAGUACGCUUUGUCAUACGUCCUCUGCGCACGAUAAUGAUGUUCACGACGAUCACAAUGUUCCUCGCAAGUAUAACCAUCGUUCCAAGAGUCCACGUGCACCGUUCUCCCGACUCCAGCCUCAACGAUCCUUCUCAUCUCCAGACACACGACCUUCGAUCAUUCAACCUGACCCUACCUGCACAGCAAGGCGCCACCGUCACAGUAUCUCCGGACAGAUGAGUUAUUUCAAGCUGUUGGGCUACAACGUCAACAAGAAGCUGACAGGAUCAGCGAACAGUCUGUUCAGUACAGCUGUGAUCAGUGGCUCUUCCAGUGCCCCGAAUCUCAAGGACAUGGUGCCGCCUCAUGCUUCUGCUGUUGCUGCAAUAGAAGGUUUUGGCGGUGUACCGCCAAUAAGACCCCUGGAGACCCUUCACAAUGCACUGUCAUUGCGUCAAUUGGAUUCCUUCCUGGAAAUGAUGACUAGUGCUCCUCUGUUCCGGACACCAGCUUCGUCGCCUCCAAAAUAUCCUUCACCCGGUGGAUCAACCCAUGAGUCAGUUAAUCAGAAUCUCAGUAUUGGAGGAAUCAGUCGCGAGUACCACUCUUCCGACUUGGAAGCUGUCAGGUAUAUUACUCCAACUCCCAUACAGUACAAACCUUCCAAUGAUGGAGAGACUUGUGACAUCAGGAAUCAAUUGUCACCGACUAGUCCUAAUAGUACUGGAUGGAGUAGCGAACCACAAUCAUUCCUGUCUUCCGAACCCUCGUCUCCCGCACCCACGUCAACAGGAGAGUGCAGUAUGUCCAUAAGUUUGAUCAGCAACGAUGGAGCGCAACCAUUCAAUAUGGGUCCUAAAUUUCCCACAACUCCAUGUCUGGACGUGGACUUCAAUGAAUUUUGUAUAAAUAUAGAUCAAGAGCAUAGAGAGGGUCGUGGAAGUGUAUCGUACACAGAUUAUUACAGCAAUGAGGAUGGUCAAAUUCGAAAAUGCGGCUUUGGAGCUGGCUUCAGUAGUAAUCUACAAAAGAUCAUGCGUACAGAUGAUCUUCCUGUCGAUAAUAUGGAUGACGACGAGGAUCAUACGAUAACGUUAAAACAGACCGAAGAACAAAAGAAACAGGAUGUGAAGCAAAUAUUUGAGCAGAAGGAAAAUUUAAGCACAAAAUCUAGCGGUGCUUACAAGAAAAUUGGAAGAUUUCUCGUUGAAAGCAUGGAAAUAGCGGAUGAAGACGUUAGAAUUAAAGAAUCCGAUAAUAUAGACAAGCCAAAGCCGUCUGUCCCCCAGAAAACUGAAUUUUCCAAUGGAGAUAAAGUUCAGAAGGGUAAAGAUAAUACUGAGGGGAAUCAGGAUCAAAAAAGGCUUCACUCGUCCAACAGUUGCAAGAAGAAGAAUUUCUUUCGAUCUCAGAGUGUCUCCAUGCCGAAGACACCAACGCAAAAACAUGAGACAAAUUACAGCUACAAAUGUACCUCCAAGCUAAGCUCUCUUUCGAACAUGUCGGACAAGGAUUUGGAGGAUUGGAAGCAAAGUAUGGUAAAGUCGAAAGACCCUUCCUCAGAUGUAACAUCAGAGGAACCAAUUCUGACUGUGGCAAGCAGUAUGACAGAUAGCUCUAGCGUGAUAAUAGGUUUUAAUGUCCAAGAAGAGAAGAAAGGAGAAUCUGAUCCGUGA